AUGCUCCGCAGAAGUUCCUCCAAGAGCACUUCCGAACGCGCCUCUGCAUUGAACGCAGCCGCAGCCACAUUUUCGCCGACUCAACUUUCUGUCGUCCAGCCGGUCGGUGUCGAUAUGCCCGACGCCAGCUCCGACGGAGCGGAUUUCGUUCCGGCCGAGUAUGUCAAGGAGGGCGAGAACAUUUUGACGGUCGAUGGUCUGGCGACGGAUGCUGAGACCUACAUGCCGUUUUCGGGGUUUCAGUUAAGGAGGGAGGAAAUUGAGUGGGAGGCGUUUCAGAUCCAAAAGGCAAAAUUGGAGCUCCACUCGAGACAUAGGCUUGAGGUUGAGAAAGUAACGUUGGGCCUUUCCUUAGAAAUUGAACGGCUGAAGCAAGAGUUGAAUGCGAUCAAGAACUCGAAUAAUGGGAGUGGGAGUGGGAGUGGGAAUGGGAAUGAGAACGAGAAUAGGAAUGCGGCAGGUGGGGGCAAUGGAGAACCGCUCGCUUGUAUCGAGAAAGAAAAUCAGGGCGAUAUCGACAACGACGAGGAAGCGGAGAAACCUGAUGGGGAGGCCGUAGUCGGCAAGAAGAUAAUCGCAUUUCUCCGGCUGACAAAGGAUGUUCCUUACCCGCAUCGCCUGUAUGGUAAAAACAAUUACUCAAGCUGGCGGGAAUCGAUCCUUUCCAUUGCUGAGACCACAGGAUGCAGCCAUAUCAUCGAUGACGGGCAAAAAUGCUCUCCCUUCACGGACGAAAAUACGUACUUAUGGGACCAGCAGAAUGACUGGCUUAUCAGGAGGCGAGGAGGAAGCUGGAGAAGCUUGGUUUUCCAGUUCCUGAUUGGCUGUUAUAUGAUAUUCUGUAUGAGAAUGUUUCAAGCACUUCGCAAAAAAUUAUCCAUACAAAUUUUGUACUGA